UCUCUAAAGUAGCAGUAAAGUACAGUAAAGUAGUUUUCUCGGCGGAUUAGCACACGUUACACGGCGAGGCAGCGGGUCUCUAUAAGGAAGCGGAGGCUCGUCGUCACGUCAUUCGGCAGGAAACGGUCUUUCCUCCCGGAGAGCUGCGCUCUUUUCCGCUGGCUCAAUGCGCCUCUCCGUCCAGAACCCGCGGAAGCCAGCCAGAAGGAAAAAUGCCUCCUUCUCCAGCGGACAGACGCUCUCUGCGGCUCUUAGCGGCGGCUCUCGCCGUGUUUCUGACGGCUCUCCAAGCGCGCACGGCCGGCGCGCUCCAGAUCCAACAGGCGUUCGCGUCUCCCAGCCGCACCAAUAACUUCUUGGUGGACGCGGUGUCGCGUCGCGUUUACCUGGCCGCGGUCAACAGCCUGUACCAGCUGAACGCCACGCUCGCCAGGGAGGUGGAGACGCGCACGGGACCGGUGCUGGACAACCCGCUGUGCCACGCGCCGCAGCUGCCGCAGGCGACGUGCGAGCACCAGAAGACGCUCACCGACAACCACAACAAGCUGCUGACGCUGGACCGCGCGCAGGGCGUGCUGCUGGCCUGCGGAUCGGUGUUCCAGGGCUUCUGCGAGCUGCGCGCCAUGGACGACGCGUCGCGGCUGGCCGUCAGGUUCCCGCAGGACGGCGCCACCGUGUUCCCGAGCAUGCUCAACAUCGCGGCCAACCACGAGAACGCGAGCACCGUGGGGCUCGUCUUCCGGAGUCACGGCGGCGCGGCGCGGCUGCUGGUGGCAGCGACCUACACGGGCAUGGGGAGCGAGUAUUUCCCCAAGAACCACAGCAAAGAGGACCUGCGCUUCGAGAACACGCCCGAGAUCGCCAUCCGCUCGCUGGACAUCGCGGACAUCGGCCGGCUCUUCACCUACGACAUAAACCCCUCCGAGGACAACGUGUUCAAGAUCAAGCAGGAGGUCAAGCAGAAGAACAAGCUCAGCUUCGUGCGCGCCUUCGUGCACAAGAGCUACUCGUACAUCGCCAUCAACAACGACGCGAACGCGGGUGUGAAGGAGAGCCAGCCCAACAGCAUCCUGGCGCGCAUCUGUCUGGACACGGACGCGCCGCGCAGGUCCGCGGAGAGCCGCAAGCUCACCGAGUCCUACAUCCAGAUGGGCCUCCAGUGCGGCUCCAGCGGGAACAUCUACAGCCGCCUGCUCUCCAUCUACCCCGCGGACAUCAGCAGCGGCGGCGCGGCGGGCGCGGAGCCCCAUCUGUUCGGGGUGUUCGCCCAGGCGGGCGGCCGGGCGGCCGUGUGUGCCUUCCGCGUGCUGGAGGUGGAGGAGAGAUUACAAUACGGCAGGCGGCGCUGUUACUGUCUAAGCCACUUACGCAAUGAACGGGUACAAACAUCAUAAAGAGCCAUAGACAUGAGAAUAUCAGAGUUAAUGUCACUCACUUCCGUGCAUUCUGUGUUCCAGCUUCAGGAGGAGCAGCUGAACUGUGGGGCCGCUCACCUGCAGCACCCGCUGGCCCUGAGGAGGCCCCUGAGGGCCCGACCCAUCUACGAGGCCCCGGGCCUCAGCUCUAUUGCCGUGGACAACGUCCACAACCGCACCGUCAUGUUCCUGGGGACCAGCAGGGGCCGACUGCGAAAGCUGUCUCUGCUGGCUAACCUGUCCAUGGCUAAUCAGUGGUCACUAAAACUCGCCUCUAAUGAACCCGUUCACCACAUCAUGACCUUCGACCCCAGCGACCACAACUACCUGUACCUGAUGACCACACACCACCUCCUGCGUGUUCAGGUGUCUGCGUGUGGACAGUACAGCUCCUGCAGCGAGUGUGUGAGCGCCGGCGAUGCCCACUGCGGCUGGUGCACACUGGAGAGAAGGUGCUCGGUCCAGAAGAACUGCUCCAGCGGGACUCUGGGCCGCUCGUGGAUCAGCACAGGGGACGGAGUCCAGCAGUGUCCCUCCAUGACCAUCACACCCUCAGAGAUCAGCCGCUCCGCUCACAUGAGGGACGUGGGGAUCCUGAUCAAUGGCAGUGUGCCGGAUCUGCAGGGUCUGCAGGUGGAGUGUGAUUAUGGCGUGGGAAUCACCACAAACGCCACCGUACAUCUGGACUACAGCACAACCCAGAUCCAGACCUGCCCUCUGCUGCCCCUUCACAUGUAUCCCACAAUCCCCUUCGGCACAGAUCACGUCACCGUCCCCAUGGCCAUCAGGGUUAAUGGUGUUUCUGUGGUUUCUGGAAAUUUCACCAUUUAUGAGUGUGAACGAACUGGACAAAUCCACUUCAAAACUGCGUGCACGAGCUGUCUGAGCACGGCCUGGCACUGUUACUGGGACCCGCGGCUCAAUCUGUGUGUUUCCAGCAAAGAAAGCACUCCGCAUGUCCUUCUGGAGAAUUCCUCGUCCUGUCCCAGGAUGGUGGCCUAUGAUGUUCCUCCACUGCCCUCUGGAAGCACUCAUGUCUUCUCCCUGGAGCUCAAGAACAUAGAGCAUGGCGCUGAGCUGGACUGUGAUUUGGGCGAUGGGCAGCUGUACAGAGCGCAGUGGCUGGACGGGCUGGCGGUGAACUGCAGUGGAGUGACCAACCUGCUCGGGGCCCACCAGGGUGGAAAGGACCCCGUUGAAAGGAGGCAGAGGAGACUGGAUUCUGUAGCCCCUGUUGGAGACCAAACUGGAUUCUAUCCUCAUACUGGGGCGAUUGAGGGGUGCGAAUCCUCCACGACGCUCUCCACGUCAACCUCCUCGGAGGAAGACAGACGAAGCGUCGAGCCCGCUCCCCGGGGCAAAGAAACUGCAGAACGGGCUUCCGAUCUCAGCGAGCGGGCGCUGGAUCUGGCAGUGGAGGUGUACAGCUGCAGCGCGGGCGACAGCGACUGCUCUCAGUGUUGGGGCCGUCAGACGCAGGGCCACAUGUGUGUCUGGUGUGAUAACAGCUGUCAACAGCGGGACCAGUGCCACGCCAUCACCACACGCUGCCCAGACCUGAGCAGCAGUAAGGUCGAGCCGCUGUCGGGGCCGCUGACCGGCGGGACGCUGCUCACGGUGCAGGGCAGGAACCUCGGACACAGCGCCACUCAGCUCAACGUCUCCAUCGGCCAUGUGCCCUGCAGUGUUCUGCCACAAUACUACACUGUCUCAGUCAGGUUGGUUUGUGAGACUGGUGCAUCGUGGGAACAGACGAGCGAUCAUGUGACAGUGAGAGUGGCCGGAAACGCUGUGGGCGUUUCAAAGGACAUCUUCUCCUUUGUGGAGCCCAGACUGCUGGAGUUCACACCGCAGCAGGGUCCCCUCGCUGGAGGAACCAGACUCACCAUCCACGGCCAGUUCCUGGACGCUGGAUCCACAGUCAACGUCAAGAUCAACCGGACUCAGAACUGCACCAUCUUCAUGCUUUCCAGUGACGUCAUCGAGUGUGUGAUGCCUCCAGCCGAAGCGGCCGCCGCUGAGAACGUGUCGGUGUGUGUGGUGUAUGACGACCGGCCGUGCCUCAGCGCUUCACCCAGCUUCACAUUCACCUACGAGAAAAACCCUACUAUCAGUCACAUCAGACCCAACAAAAGCUUCCUCAGCGGUGGUCGCAGUAUCUCGGUCACUGGAUAUGGCUUCAAUCUGGUGCAGUCUGUCAGGAUGGAGGUGUCUGGAAUCGGACAGACGAUCUGCUCCUGUGUGUCAUCUACUCUGAUCGUUUGUCAGUCUCCUGCCACCAAUCAAUCCCAGCAGGCCACCGCUCACUUCUACCUCAACGAGGUGCUGUACAGAGGAGAGGACGCGUCUCCAUCAGGACGAGGGCCGGACGAGGACGAGGAGCCUCACGCUGAUGCCUUUCACUUUGACUAUGUAGAGGAUCCGCAGUUCUAUACAGCCAACAAAGAGAAACUCAUCAAACAUCAUCCUGGAGAGCCUCUCAUCCUCAUCAUCAAUAAAGGGCCAAGCGAGCUGGACCUGACGCUGCAGGAAUACUCUGUGACGAUUGGCUCAGAUCUCUGUGACAUCACCUUCCACAACGAGCAGCUGUUCCACUGCACCAUCAACAGAUCCCUGAGCGCCAGCACUGGAGAACUGCCCGUCACCGUGCGUGUGGGUCAUUUCCAGAAGGUGAUAGCGAUGGUGCAGAUGGGUGGAGGCAGCGAGCUGGCCAUCAUCGUCUCCAUCGUGGUGUGCUGUGUGCUGCUGCUGCUGUGCACUGUGGCGCUGGUGGUUUACUGCACUAAGAGCCGCAGGGCAGAGAGGGAUUGGCAGAAGACUCUGUUACAGAUGGAGGAGAUGGAGUCCCAGAUCCGUGAUGAGAUACGCAAAGGUUUUGCGGAGCUGCAGACUGAUAUGACGGAUCUGACUAAAGAGCUGAGCCGCACACAGGGAAUCCCCUUCCUGGAGUACAAGCAGUUCGUCACACGCACCUUCUUCCCCAAGAUGUGCUCUGACUAUGAGAGGCGUCUGGUUCAGCCCAUGUAUGAGAACGAUCCUCUCGGCCCGCGAGCUCUGUCUGAGACGCAUCCUCUGCUCCAGGACUGGCAGUCGUCUAACAGCGUGCGGCCCAACCUGGAGGAGGGAAUCACCCUGUUUUCCACUCUCCUCAACAACAAACACUUCCUGGUCACCUUUGUUCACGCUCUCGAGCAGCAGAAAGACUUUGCCGUAAGAGACAGGUGCAAUCUUGCCUCUCUGCUUACGAUUGCCCUCCAUGGUAAACUGGAGUACUACACCAGCAUCAUGAAGGAGUUGCUAGUGGAUUUGAUCGACGCUUCAGCCUCCAAAAACCCCAAACUGAUGCUGCGCCGAACAGAGUCAGUGGUGGAGAAGAUGCUCACCAACUGGAUGUCCAUCUGCAUGUACAGCUACCUUAAGGAGACGGUCGGCGAGCCGUUCUUCCUGCUGCUGUGCGCCAUCAAGCAGCAGAUCAACAAGGGCUCGAUCGACGCCAUCACGGGGAAGGCGCGCUACACGCUCAACGAGGAGUGGCUCCUUCGAGAAAACAUCGAAGCCAAACCGCAGAACAUCAACGUCUCCUUCCAAGGCUUCGGUAUGGACUCAGUGAGCGUACGUGUGAUGAACACGGACACCAUCUGUCAAGUGAAGGACAAAAUACUAGAGGCCUUUUACAAGAACCUGCCCUUUUCUCAGUGGCCUCGAGAAGAGGAUGUUGAUCUGGAGUGGUUCCCAGAGGGCCGCAGCAGCAGAAUCCUGCAGGAUCUGGACAACACGUCUGUCAUGGAGGACGGCAGAAAAAAACUCAACACCGUCUUCCACUAUCAGAUCCCAGAUGGAGCGUCACUGGCCAUGAGCAUGAAGGACAAGAGAGAGAACACACUGGGCCGAGUGAAAGAUCUGGACACAGAGAAAUAUGUUCAUCUGGUGCUGCCACACGACGAGCUGACAGAGAGCAGGAAGUCCCACAGACACAGUCACAGGAAGAAGGUGUUACCUGAGAUCUACCUGACACGCCUGCUCUCCACUAAGGGAACCCUGCAGAAGUUCCUGGAUGAUCUGUUUCAAGCCAUCCUCAGCAUUCCUCCAGAGAAACCACCGCUAGCUAUCAAAUACUUCUUUGACUUCCUAGAAGAACAGGCGGACAAGCGCGGCAUAACCGACCCCGACACGUUACACAUCUGGAAGACCAACAGCUUGCCUCUGCGCUUCUGGGUCAAUAUCCUGAAGAACCCUCAGUUUGUGUUUGAUAUCGAUAAGACGGAUCACAUGGACGCGUGUCUGUCUGUCAUCGCUCAGGCUUUCAUUGACGCCUGCUCACUCUCUGACCUGCAGCUGGGCAAAGAUUCUCCCACCAAUAAGCUGCUGUAUGCCAAAGAGAUCCCGGAGUAUAAGAAGAGAGUGCAGUGUUACUACAAGCAGAUUCAAGAGAUGGCGCCGCUGAGCGAGCAGGAAAUGAACGCUCACCUGGCCGAGGAGUCGCGGAGAUACAGGAAUGAGUUCAACACUAACCUGGCCGUAAUGGAAGUCUACAAGUAUGCCAAGAGAUAUCGCAAUCAGGUGGUGAGCGCGCUGGACUCGAGCCCGACGGCUCGACGCACUCAGCUGCAGCACAAGUUUGAGCAGGUCAUUGCGCUGGUGGAAGACAACAUCUAUGAGUGCAGCAGUGAGGCCUGAGCGCCGCCUCCAAGGACAGAAGCCCUGACGCCCAUAUCUGAUCAAAACUGUCCCACAUUCACUGAAUCAAUGUGGAUAAUCAAGUGAAGCGAGGGGGAAACGUCCAUAAUGUUUCACCGCUUGUUCUUGCUAUGAUGAGUUUGUUGGUUUUCAAUCACUAUAGUAUUCCACUAUUGACUUUGAACUAGGAGUUCGUUUAAUUAAUUGUGGACUCCAGGGUCCUGAGGCCUGCAGUCAUGUGACGCACUGACCCCACGCUGGGGGAGAGCCACUUAUGCACUGGAUUAUACAAGACCUUCUCCAUAGCAAUAUUUAUAGCUGUAUGAUGAUUUCAUAGUGUUAUUUGAAUAACGUUUCUGAUGGGAUAUUUGUGCCUGCACUGUUCAACGGCAGUCCAUUUUAAUUCCACGAUGCCUUGGACUACAAGUUACUAUAUGAUUAACAUAUAAUAGGCUUGAAUGAGACUGUUGCAUUUGUAUUAAUUAUUAUUAUUUGAAGGGUUUGGGUCUUUCUUUGGGUCCAAACCAAAGUGUGUGCAUCAUUUUUGUAGAUAUUCUGCUGGAAAUGUUUAAUUUUUUUGGAGAAAGAGGGAAAUUUUAUCAAU